UAGUUAGAAUACUAAGAUUGGCCUAAAGUAAUUGAAACUAAAUAUCUAUAAUAUACCGAGUUAUUGAUGAAAACCCUGAGAGACCCUCUAACUUUACUUAGGUAUAUAUAUAAAUUUAUGAUUUGUUUGAAGUUUAAACUAUUUGUGUUCCAUGAGUAGACCAAAUAGGAUAUUUGUUCCUUGUUUGUUUAUUCGAGUAAAUUUUGUAAAAACUAAUAUAUAUGAAGUCUAUUUUUAGGAUGUUGAUACUAUAUAGUACUCCAUCAAAUAAUCGAUCCCAAAAUUGCAUAAGCAUUUAGUGAGUGUCACUUUAUAACCCUACAGGCACACCUUCUUUGUCUCCCUUCCCCUACCUUAAAACCCCUUCAGACCCGCUUUAUUUUCACUAUUUCUGUGUUCACUUAUCUUCCCAUUAGACCUGCAGCUCUAUCUUUCAGUUUCAUUAUGGCAACUGCUGCUGGCACUGGCUCCCCUUGUGGUGCAUGCAAAUUUCUAAGACGAAAGUGUGCCGCAGACUGCAUCUUUGCACCCUAUUUCUGUUCUGAACAAGGUCCAGCUAGGUUCGCUGCCAUUCAUAAAGUGUUUGGUGCAAGCAAUGUUUCCAAAUUACUGCUUCAUGUGCCUGCUGCUGAUCGCUGCGAGGCGGUGGUCACCAUUGCAUACGAAGCUCAAGCUAGGAUCAAAGAUCCAGUUUAUGGUUGUGUUGCGCAUAUCUUUGCGUUGCAGCAACAGGUCGCUUGCUUACAAACACAGCUGAUGCAAAUGAAGGCUCAAAUGGCCCAAGGUUUCUUCGAUUCAAGAAACAUAGAGACUCAAUGGCCCGCAGGAACCGCUACGUAUCAGAAUUAUCCAAAUUUCGCGAGUAUUAUGAAUGGAAACAUUUCGCUUUCGCCCGAGAGUUCACUUGAAUCCAUUGAUCACAACAGUGAAGGAAUGGGGAUGCAAGAGAGACAAGGUAGAGAGGAUCACUACCAUGAUAUAUCUUUUCAACAAAUUUACAAUAACAAAAAGAGACCUUUCCCAAGUGAUUUGGGUGAGCUUCAAGAGCUUGCUGUUAGAAUGAUGAGGAACUGAUUUAGUUUCUAUUGACCCUAGAGUGCCAGUUUGUGCUUCUUAUGAUCACCAUGUUAAUUCAUAUUAUCAUAAAAUAUUAUCUUUU